AUGUCAACCACGUGCUCCACCUUGUUGACAGUACCUUUUUUGGCACUCGUUUCAGUUCCUCUCAUCUUCUCGGCAUAUAUCACCAUCUGUCUCUCUGCGCUGACUUUGUUUCUACGACUUUUCGUCAUCUAUGUUGAGCUAUGCUAUGCUAUAAUCUCAAACUACUUUGUGAUUUCAACAUCAAGCAAGUCUUCAUUGCUGAAUUUUGCCUCUGAACCGACCACCCCAGCCGCCUCUGCCACGCCCAAGAGGCGAUCCAUCGAUCACGGCGUCACAGUGAUAUUGCCACACUCCAGCAACCAUCGCCAACUAGCCCCCUUUUCUCGUGGGCAGACUCGCCCGGCGCCAGCUCGACGGCGAAGUUCGAAUUCUUCAACCGGGCGCCCCGACGGCGACUACGCCCGACCUGUCCGCAAGGAAGAGCUGCGCAGGAACGGGCUUGCUACCCCUCCCUCUGCUCUGCUGACUCUUGUCAGCGGAGAUGAAGGCCGGGACUUCGAAGGCGUGGGCGGCUGGCGCUGCCCACCAUCCGCAAGAUCGCAGGGCCAUCUUUCCAGGUCCGCAUCGUCCUCUUCAAAGGACAGCAUAAGCGACGAGGCAGAUGAGCGGGCCUGGCUCUCAAUCAAUGAUCGUCUCGAGCUCCCCUCGCAGCCCUUUCCACUGCGGAACCACCCCGAAACGGCAGACAUUCUGCCCUGGAGACACAGGCAGGCCGCUUCUCGUAGUCCCGAUGGCCGCAGGCAGCGCCAUCACCACCGUUCCGCAACCACCUCCCUGAUUCCAAGUCAAACUCGCCAAGCUCCUACUUCUCCGUCAGUAUCCCGGUCAAACAGGUCAGAGUUCCAUUUACCGGCCGGCUCGGAGGUCCGCCCCGGAGGUAUCUCUCCGCGGCCACGGUCUCAGGACGCAUCAUCUCUUUCGACAUAUUCUAAUUUCUUCCGUGCCAUGGUUAGUGUGCCGCAGACACAUUCACAUUUGCAUCCAUUAAGUUCAUCCGAGGGCCCGGGUGGUUACUUUGCUUUUCGCCCGGGAAAUGGAGCGAAUAGCAGCGGGAGUGCAACCACAACAACGGGCACGACUACACCAGUCGAGGAUCGCACAACGCCCCGUAGUAUGGGAAGAUUCAUGGCUCAUUAUCCUACAGGUGUGAGAUAUCGUAGACGAAGUGUGUCGGGGCUCAACUCUUGA